AUGGACCUCCCUGACUUUAAGAGGAGAAACAAGAAAAAGAGAUGCAGAGCUACAGACGACUUCAGCAGGCGAUUUGAAGAUGUGUACAGGCUCCAGGAUGAGGUUUUGGGUGAAGGAGCGCACGCGGUCGUGCAGACGUGUGUCAGUCUGAGCACGCAGAAGGAGUAUGCGGUGAAGAUUAUCAAGAAGAGGCCGGAACUGAGCCGAAGCCGUGUCUUUAGAGAGGUGGAGAUUCUCUAUCAGUGCCAAGGCCACAGAAACAUUCUGGAGCUGGUGGAGUUCUUGGAAGAUGAAGGCCAAUUCUACUUGGUGUUUGAGAAGCUCGCAGGAGGUUCGGUGUUGACUCACAUCCACAGGAGGCAGCAUUUUAGUGAACAGGAAGUCAGCGCUGUGGUGCAGGACAUCGCCAAUGCUUUACACUUCCUGCACAGUAAAGGAAUGGCACAUAGGGACCUGAAGCCAGAGAAUAUCCUCUGUGAGCACAGCGAUAGGAUGUGUCCAGUGAAGAUCUGUGAUUUUGACCUGGGCAGUGGGAUGAAGCUGAGCAGUGACAGGAACCUGAUCUCGAGUCCACAGCUCCUCACGCCGUGUGGCUCGGCAGAGUACAUGGCCCCCGAGGUGGUGGAGGCAUUUAAUGAGGAGGUCAGUGUUUAUGAUAAACGCUGUGAUCUGUGGAGUCUCGGCGUUGUCCUUUACAUCCUGCUCUGUGGAUCUCCUCCGUUCACGGGUCACUGUGGAACCGGGUGUGGCUGGGAUCAGGGGGAGCCAUGCUACAACUGCCAGAGCAUGCUGUUCGAGAGCAUUCAGGAAGGAAAGUAUGAGUUCCCUGAGAAGGACUGGGCUCAUGUCUCUGCUCAGGCCAAACACCUCGUUUCCAAGCUGUUGGUCCGCAAUGCUAAACAGCGUCUCAGUGCGGAGCAGGUCCUGCAGCACCCGUGGGUACAGGGGCUUGCUCAAAACACAACCCCCUCACUACGUUCAAGGGGGUCAAGUGUCCAGGAUCUUGCAUUCUUCACUGCUCAGGUGGAGGCUGUGAGCAGUCAGCUGGUCCAGCAGGAAGUGGAGGAGGAGAAGUUUGAGGAGAAGGACAGGAACUCGUUUGGUGUUUGUUCCUCCCUUUGCCACUCUACAUCUUCAAGCUCGCUUUGCCUGUCUGGUAUCUCCAGAUCACGGCUGGCUCAGCGGCGCAGGGAGAGCAGCCGUCGCCUCUUCGGCCCUCUGCUCGUGGUCUGAGUCAGCGCUGAACAUCACAACCAUGUUUUUGGGGGGAGGUUUAACAAAUCAGAAGAUUCAGAGCAGAAUUGAGUUCGCUGCUGUGGGAUUCUGUAUGAAUUUGGUGCUAGAGGAAGGACAGUAUAGAAGGCUCAGACUGCCCCAGAAGAAUGCACUCCGUAAGCAGGAAUGGUUGUGUGGGUUUUUUUUUUUUUUUUAAAUAUAAAUUAGUUAA